UCAGGGGGGGAAAAUGGGGUUUCGGGUUAAACCGGAUGAUUCCUAGUUACAGGAUUUACGCGGAUCUACCAGUAUUUACAAAAUAUCAGAGCAUCUAAUUUCCAUUUUAACAGCGGUAUUUUCUUUCUUGCAUUCAAUUUCUCCGCCUUCUUCAAGGAACUCAAUUCGAUAUCUCAUCAAAGAAUUGGAACUGGUUUCUUGUUGAAGGAGGGGAAAUUGGUAUUUUGGAAUGCUAUGGAUAUUGACUGCUGAAGGUCAUGUUGCUUAACAGAGAUAUGCAGAGCCAACUUGUCUGUAGUGGCUGUAGGAGCGUUCUUCUUUAUCCUAGAGGGGCAACUAGUGUUCGUUGUGCAUUAUGCAAUACAAUUACCCCCCCUGGUAUGGAAAUGGCUCAACUCAUAUGUGGAGGUUGUCGAACAUUGCUAAUGUAUACACGUGGAGCAACAAGUGUAAGAUGCUCUUGCUGUCACACCAUUAAUAUUGCACCAGCAUCUAACCAGAUUGCUCACAUCAAUUGCGGGAACUGCCAUACAACCUUAAUGUAUCCUCAUGGAGCUCCAUCAGUCAAAUGUGCCGUCUGUCAAUAUGUUACUAAUGUUGGUAUGGGAAAUGUGAGGGUGCCCCCUCCCGUAAAUAGACCUAAAGAGACAGCUGCCACAGGAUCUAAGCCAUCUACUUCAGCAAGCCAAACAGUUGUUGUUGAGAACCCCAUGUCUGUUGACGAGAGUGGGAAAUUGGUGAGCAAUGUGGUGGUUGGCAUAACAACCGGCAAAAGAUGAAAGUUGGCAUGAGAUAUUUGGUGAGAAAUUAUUUGUGUACAUCAAAUUGAAAAUGGAAAACCAUUUGCAUUUUAUUCCAAACAACCCACUUAUUUGUGUCCACUGAUGAAGGUAUAAUGGGGAAAAUGUGAUGUUUGUGUAUGAAUUGAUAGAGACGGAAAGUCUCAUUUAUGUGGCAUUUGAAGUGGAAUAAUUGUUUUAGCA